UCCAUUCGGAUUUAAAAUCCAUAUUUGACCAUUGAACACUGGCGAGACGACCAACUGGCAACUGGAUCUACAUCUGAAAACCCUCAUUUGUUUUCUCAUCUCCAUUCAACACCAUUUCUCUCUUAACUCCAACAAGGCAACAAGGCAACAAUGCGAUGUCGUCACAGCGUUCGCCCACCUACAACAUAAUCCCAAUCCACGACCUCUUAGCAGACCACCCAUCUCUCCGGUACCCAGAAGUCCGAGCAGCCCAAGCAGCUCUUCGAACAACUGGUGACCUUCGCAAACCCCCUUACCUUCAAUGGGAUCCACACUACGACCUGAUGGAUUGGCUGGGCCUCUUCUUUGGUUUCCAAUCCGACAACAUACGCAACCAACGCGAACACCUCGUACUCCACUUAGCCAAUGCUCAGAUGCGUCUUCAACCCCCUCCCGACAACAUCGACUCCCUCGACCACUCUGUUCUCCGUCGCUUUCGUCGUAAACUCCUCAAAAACUACACCCUCUGGUGUGGCUACCUCGGUCGCAGGUCUAACGUAUGGAUUCUCGACAACCGACGACGAGACGAUGAUCUACGACGAGAGCUGCUUUAUGUCGCCUUGUAUUUGCUUAUUUGGGGUGAGUCUGCUAACUUGAGGUUUGUUCCCGAGUGUUUGUCUUACAUUUUUCAUCAUAUGGCCUUGGAAUUGAAUAAGAUUUUGGAGGAUUAUAUUGAUGAAAAUACUGGCCGCCCUUAUAUACCUCUUAUUACUGGGGAGAAUGCUUUUUUGAAUAGAAUUGUUAAACCCAUUUAUGAUACUAUCAGUAAAGAAGUCGGGAAUAGUGCUAAUGGGACUAACCCUCAUAGUAAAUGGAGAAAUUAUGAUGAUAUUAAUGAGUAUUUUUGGAGUAGGAGGUGUUUUGAUAAGUUGAAGUGGCCUAUUGAUGUGGGGGGUACUUUUUUUGUCGUCCAAGGGAGGAAGAGGCAUGUGGGUAAGACCGGCUUCGUAGAGCAACGCUCCUUUUGGAAUUUAUAUCGGAGUUUCGAUAAGUUGUGGGUUAUGUUGGUGUUAUUCUUGCAAGUGGCGAUUAUAGUUGCUUGGGAGCAGGAGAUUAAUAGGAGAGGGUACCCGUGGAGUUCGUUGAGGCAUAGGGAUGUGCAGGUCAAGUGUUUGACAGUUUUUUUGACGUGGAGUGUGAUGAGGUUUUUGCAGUCGCUUCUUGAUAUUGGGUUGCAGUAUAGUUUGGUUUCCAGGGAGACUUUGAUGGUUGGAGUUAGGAUGAUUUUGAAGUGUGUUACUGCUGCAGUGUGGGCUAUUGUGUUUGGGACUUUUUAUGCUAGGAUAUGGACGCUGAGGAAUCGUAAUGGAGGGUGGUCUGGUGCGGCGGAUAGGCAGGUAGUCAGUUUUCUGCUAGCUGUUGCGGUUUUUAUACUUCCUGAGGUUUUGGCAGUGGUUCUGUUUAUCAUCCCCUGGGUUCGGAAUUUCGUUGAGGAGACAAACUGGAAGAUAUUUUAUAUGUUUACUUGGUGGUUUCAGACGAGGAUUUUCGUGGGACGUGGACUGAGAGAGGGUCUUGCAGAUAAUAUCAAGUACUCUCUGUUCUGGAUUUUAGUGCUUGCUACCAAGUUUGUGUUUAGUUACUUCCUGCAGAUCAGGCCUAUGAUUAGACCAACAAGUAUCUUAAUAAAUCUUAGGCAAGUUCGAUAUGAGUGGUAUGAGUUCUUCAGCGGCAGCAACCGGUUUGCAGUUGGGCUUUUGUGGCUUCCUGUAGUUUUGAUUUACCUGAUGGACUUGCAGAUAUGGUACUCUAUCUACUCGUCCUUUGUUGGUGCAGCAGUGGGGCUGCUUUCUCACCUGGGUGAGAUCCGAAACAUGCAGCAGUUAAGGUUAAGAUUUCAGUUCUUUGCUAGCGCGAUUCAAUUUAAUCUCAUGCCUGAGGAGCAGCUGUUAAAUUCGAGUGGGAUCAAAAGUAAGUUUAAAGAUGCAAUCCAUCGGUUGAAGCUAAGGUAUGGGUUUGGCCGCCUUUACAAAAAACUUGAGUCGAGCCAAGUGGAGGCAAAUAAGUUUGCUUGGGUAUGGAAUGAGGUGAUUAGUAUAUUCAGGGAGGAGGACAUCAUUAGUGACAAAGAAGUUGAGCUGCUGGAGCUGCCUCAGAAUACUUGGAAUGUUAGGGUCAUCCGUUGGCCGUGCAUACUUCUUUGCAAUGAGCUACUUCUGGCACUUGGUCAGGCAAAAGAGCUUGUUGAUGCGCCAGAUAAGUGGCUUUGGUAUAAGAUAUGCAAGAAUGAAUACCGUCGCUGUGCUGUGAUAGAAGCGUAUGACUGUGUAAAACAUCUGCUUCUUGCAAUUAAUAAACAAGGUACUGAAGAACAUUCUAUCCUCAUGGUCAUGUUUCAGGAAAUUGACCAUGCUAUUGACAUUGAAAAGUUCACAAAGACAUAUGAUUUGUCUGUUAUUAGAAAGAUUCAUGACAAAUUGAGUGUUCUUGUGGAAUUGCUGAUUCGGCCUAAUAAGGUUGAUCACGGCAAGGUGGUGAAUGCAUUGCAGGCCCUCUAUGAGACUGUUAUACGAGACUUUUAUAUAGAGAAGAGAAGUAUGGACCGCCUGAGGGAGGACGGUUUGGCUCCACGAUCUGCAUCUGGAAAGAGCCUACUAUUUGAAAAUGCCAUUAAGUUACCCAGUGAAGAUAAUGAGUCCUUCUACAGGCAUCUCAGACGUUUGCAUAUUAUUCUCACUUCCAAGGACUCCAUGCACAAUGUCCCGAGGAAUCUUGAGGCAAGGCGCAGGAUUGCCUUCUUCAGCAAUUCUCUCUUCAUGAAUAUGCCUCAUGCCCCACAGGUGGAGAAAAUGAUGGCCUUUAGUGUUCUGACGCCUUACUAUAAUGAAGAGGUUAUGUACAGUAAGGAACAACUUCAAAAGGAGAAUGAAGAUGGGGUUUCUACGCUAUUUUACUUGCAGACUAUAUGUAAUGAUGAGUGGGAGAAUUUCAUGGAGCGUAUGCGUAGGGAAGGUAUGUCAAAUGAUAAAGAAGUGUGGGACUCUAAGCUCAGAGACCUUAGACUUUGGGCAUCCUACAGAGGUCAGACACUUGCUCGCACUGUUAGGGGGAUGAUGUAUAAUUAUCGUGCCCUUAAGAUGUUGGCUUUCCUUGAUUCAGCAUCUGAGAUGGACAUUAGGGAGGGAGCGCAUGAGCUUGCUACUGUGAGACAGAGCAGUGGUUUGGAUGCUUAUGGAUCUGAAAGGCUGCCAUCUUCAAGAAGUGAUAGGAGUCUGAGUCGAGCCAGUAGCUCCAUCAGUCAAUUGUACAAAGGUCACGAGUAUGGGACUGUGUUAAUGAAAUAUACCUACGUCAUUGCAUGCCAGAUAUACGGUUUGCAGAAGACGGAAAAGAAGCCCCAGGCUGAGGAAAUACUGCAGUUGUUGAAAAACAAUGAAGCCCUUCGAGUUGCUUAUAUUGAUGAAGUUUUCACAGGAAGGGAGGAAAAAGAGUAUUACUCUGUCCUCGUAAAGUAUGAUCAGCUGUUGCAGCAGGAAGUGGAGAUCUAUCGAGUGAAAUUACCUGGACCCAUCAAGCUUGGAGAAGGCAAGCCAGAAAAUCAGAACAGUUCCAUAAUUUUUACUCGUGGGGAUGCCAUUCAGACGAUUGAUAUGAACCAAGAUAAUUAUUUUGAGGAGACUCUUAAGAUGCGGAACCUCUUAGAGGAAUUUAGGCAUAUGCAUGGUGUACGAAAACCUACUAUCUUGGGGGUCCGUGAGCACAUAUUCACUAGUGGUGUUUCUUCCAUUGCUCGGUUCAUGUCAGCCCAGGAAAUGAGCUUUGUUACCUUGGGGCAACGUGUUCUUGCCAAUCCUUUGAAAGUCCGUAUGCAUUAUGGUCAUCCUGACGUAUUUGAUAGGUUUUGGUUCUUGACCCGUGGAGGAGUUAGUAAAGCAUCCAGAGUCAUUAACAUCAGUGAGGAUAUCUUUGCUGGCUUCAAUUGCACACUACGGGGUGGCAAUGUCACACACCAUGAAUACAUUCAGGUGGGCAAGGGAAGGGAUGUUGGCCUGAACCAGAUAUCAAUGUUUGAGGCUAAAGUGGCCAGUGGAAAUGGUGAGCAGGUUCUCAGCAGAGAUGUUUAUCGCCUAGGUCAUCGAUUGGACUUCUUCAGGAUGCUGUCUUUCUUCUACACUACAGUUGGUUUCUAUUUUAACACAAUGAUGGUAGUUUUGACUGUGUAUGCAUUUUUGUAUGGCCGCUUAUACUUGGCGCUAAGUGGGAUUGAGGCUUCUGUUGAGGCAGAUGCUAGCAACAGUAAUGCAGCACUUGCUACAAUAUUGAAUCAGCAGUUCAUCAUCCAGAUGGGUUUGUUCACCGCUCUCCCGAUGAUUGUUGAAAAUUCUCUAGAACUCGGAUUUCUCAACUCCAUAUGGGAUUUCAUUACCAUGCAGCUACAGCUUUCUUCUAUAUUCUUCACAUUCUCAAUGGGUACUCGUACCCACUACUUCGGGCGGACAAUUCUACAUGGAGGUGCUAAAUAUCGCGCUACUGGUCGUGGCUUUGUUGUGCAGCACAAGAGUUUUACAGAAAACUACCGACUAUAUUCUCGCAGCCAUUUUGUGAAAGCAAUUGAGCUGGGCCUGAUACUGACAGUGUAUGCUGGAUUCAGCCCUGCAGCAAAAGGCACUUUUGUGUACAUAGCUCUGACCAUAUCAAGUUGGUUCCUGGUGCUAUCAUGGAUACUAGCUCCGUUUGUGUUCAAUCCCUCAGGUUUCGACUGGUUAAAAACCGUGGAUGACUUUGGUGAUUUCAUGGACUGGAUCUGGUAUAGUGGUGGGGUGUUUGUGAAGUCUGAGCAGAGCUGGGAGGCUUGGUGGAUAGAGGAACAGGAUCAUCUGAGGACAACUGGUUUAUGGGGGAAGCUUCUGGAGGUGAUACUGGAUCUUCGUUUCUUCUUUUUCCAGUUUGGGAUUGUAUAUCAGCUGGGAAUUGCUGCUGGAAGUAGGAGUAUUCUUGUUUACUUGCUGUCAUGGGUCUACAUUUUGGUUGCUAUUGCAAUUUUUGUCCUUGUUUCAUAUGCUCGAGAUAAAUAUUCUGCAAAAGAUCACAUCUACUACCGUCUGAUUCAAUUCCUGGUUAUUGUCUUGAUAAUACUUUUGAUAGUGCUGUUGACGAGGUUCACUGAUAUGGAAUUUGUUGACUUGUUUACAAGUCUCUUAGCCUUUCUUCCAAGUGGUUGGGGUCUGAUUUCUAUUGCCCUCGUUCUUCGAGGAUUCCUGCAGAAGACUGUUCUUUGGAAGGUUGUUAUGGCCAUGGCUCGUCUCUAUGACAUCAUAUUUGGUGUGAUUGUCAUGACUCCUGUUGCUUUUCUCUCUUGGAUGCCUGGUUUCCAGUCGAUGCAGACAAGAAUCUUAUUCAAUGAAGCCUUCAGUAGGGGUUUGCGGAUAUUCCAGAUUUUAACAAGCAAGAAAGCUUAAGAGUUUUCUGACUUGAGGUUUCACAUAGGCGUUGCGUGGGGAGUACUUGAAGGUGGGAGGCUAAGAUUUCUUUAUGUGCAGUAUGAUUGAGUGUCUGUUGUAUUAUAAGUAGUUCAAUUGUCCUGGUUUAUCAUUUGAAAGGUGGACAUCUAUAGUAAAAAAAGUUCACUUGCUUCUUCUCGUUGUUUUUGCUUCACUAGGACACAGUUUAGUUUUGCUUGCACAGUGUAUGUAACUUGAUUACUUGAGCCAUAUCACAUUCUUUUUCACCAUUCUUUUGUUUAGAAACACAGUACUGUAUUUAAGCGUGGAUUAAGUUCCUGUUCUUGCA